CUCGAUUUUGUCCUCCACCGUUUCGGCUCUUCUUCCACUUGGUGAUGUCAGUAUUGGCGUGAUUCCUUGCUCGUGCGCACCGCUCCUGCUCCUGGCCCAUUUUGCUAGCCGCCACAUCCCCUGCGGACCCUCAGUGGCUUGUUGUACCCGUCUGCGAUGCCCAAUCUUCAGCACUUUGCCUACCCAUCGUUUCUUCUCCUUUCUCGCAAUGGUGUAAUUGGUCCAAUCAUAUGGGUCGUUGCUCGAGUGUAUCGUCUUCGAAGGGCUCUUACUGUUUUGACCAUCUCCCUGCAUCCCGGGCCAAAAUCAGAGUUUGAACACUGGCUCGGCCUCGCCCAUGGCGUUGAUUCCGCAAUUGCUCGUCGUACCACUGCCAGAAAUGUCUCCAUCUCAAGUUCAAUCUCUCGUUCCUUCGCUUCGGCGGUUCAUUUGACUUGGUGGUCACAUCGAGACAUAUUCGGAUUGGCCAGUGGUCUGAAUCAUGCUGUCAGGUCAAUUACCGAUCUCUGGUGGCUCCGCUCCCACGUCACCGUUCCUUCCUCCGUUGCUAGUUCUAGCCCCCCGUCAUCCAUUACUUCCAGCAGUUCCUCCGCCUCCGCUUCCAUCGCCGUUCCCGAGCCUCCCCAUGCCGAGUGGUGUGUAUUCAUAUCUCCCACAACGACGUACUCUGCCGCUUGGUUUUGGUGACUCAAUCGUUCAAGCUCGUACCGGAGGCGCUGAAACGUACCACUUUGUAGUGCAUUGUAUAUGUUGUGGAUAUACAACUGUUUUGCCUCCUCCUCUCGGUGGUAUGAUAUCUUUAGAAACUGAUAAUCCUGAGAUACCAUUGAGUGGACCGACUGGCUGGGUCAAUUUGUUUGGAGAUAAACAUACAGACCCUUGCCGUUCCUUGUGUGUUGUUCCCUGG